CUAGCGGGCAUUUUUGUGUGACUUCCGGUGGGGAAAAUUUACUCACAAAAACUGGUGUUUUUAUUUUGUUAACAAAGUUCUGUUGCCCAUUUGUCCGCAAAGAUGAUGGAAAUAAGCCUUACACGCGUUGAUUACACCCAGGUUGGUGUAACAUCUCCAAAGUGUUUAAGACUUCUGCCAUUAGCUGGGAAAACACAAAAGGCAGCAAUAGCUGAUCACAAAGGUGUUCUAGAAGUGUUUUCUGUCAAGAAAGGAGAUGCACAGCCUGUAUUCAAGACCUCACCUGGCCCAAAAAUCAACCGUCUUGAGCUGGGGGGCCCAGUGGGAGGGGUCAGGGAACGGAUAUUUGUGACCUCUGGACCGGAAGUGAAAGGUUACACAAAGAAGGGGAAGAACUUCCUGACCUUUGACACCAACAUGUCAGAGAACCUCCUGUCAAUGUAUGUUGAGGGAUCAGACCUAUUCUGUUGCGGUCAGUUCAUGUACAACCACUAUCGGGACUGCAAGGAUACCAACUACUUCCUGUCUGGAGACCAGGUCAAUGAUGUCAUCUGUUUGCCCACACAGACUGUGAAGUCCAUCACCCCGAUCCUGGCCUGUCAGGACAGGGUCCUCAGAGUGCUCACGGAGUCCGAGUUGCUGUACGAGGUGGAAGUCCCAGGGCCUCCUGUCACCCUGUGUCUGUUCGCCAGCAACGGAGGGGAUGAUGGUACAGAGGUGCUGUUUGGGACCUCUGAUGGAAGAGUCGGUCUCGUACAGAUUGGCAGGGACUGCCCCUCCCAUUUGUGGGAACUGACCAAUGAGAAGCGUAAUGGAGGUGUGCUAUGCUUGGACAACUAUGACAUCACGGCAGAUGGCGUCCUUGACCUCAUUGUGGGUCGUGAUGACGGGCUGGUGGAGGUGUACAGCUAUGAUGACUCAGACGAACCCAUACACAGGCAUACACAUACUUGUUCAGAAAGCAUCACAUCAGUACAGGGAGGCAUUCUGGGUACAGCAGGAUAUGACGAGAUCGUCUGCUCAACUUACGCUGGUUGGGUUAUGGGCCUGACUACGGAAAGCAAACAGCGCCAGGCAGGGCCGGAUGCCACUAUUCUUACUGCACAGGGCAAAGAAAAGAUAAUCACUAUGAGGACUGACCUUGAGCAGCUGCAGCAGAAGGUAAUGUCAGAGCGGGAAAAGUACCAGCAGACGGCACAGAGCACCACUGCCAUCUCUGCGGUCCCCAGCUUCCACAUCAACGACAAGUUUGUACUGAAUCGCGAGGACGCCAGUUACACUCUCAGUCUGGAGCUGCAGAUGCCUAUCGACAAUGUACUUUUGCAGAGUGAUGUGCCCAUUGACUUACUGGACGUGGAGAAGAACUCAGCUGUGGUCAGCUACAGUGCCUGCCUACCUGAGGAGGGCAAUUUCCUGCUGGCCACGUACCGUUGCCAGGCCAACACGACUCGCCUGGAGUUGAAGAUACGCUCCAUAGAGGGCCAGUAUGGCACCAUCCAGGCGUACGUGACCCCUAGAGUGCAGCCCAAGACUUGCAAGGUCAUGCAGUAUCAGAUCAAACCACUCUCCCUGCAUCAACGCACACAUGUGUUUGAUGAACAGAGACCCCACAACAGCCUGAAGUUGACAGGCCAGUUCAGCCAAGGGGAGAUGCACUCCUGGGUGUGUUUCUGUCUCCCAGAACUCCCAGAGAAGACCCCGCCGGGGGACAGCGUACAGUUCCAUUUUGUCUCCACCUUCCUGGACACACAGCUAGAGUGCUUGUACAGCAAGGGCACAGCGACAUUCCGCUCUGACAACAUCUCUACGAUAUCCAUCCUCAAGGACGUACUGACCAAGGAGGCCACCAAGAAGAAGGUCAGACUGGACAUAACAUACGAUGUUAAUGAGGACUCUAUCCCAUACACCCUCAAUCUAAUCCACCCCAAACUGGAAUACCAGCUGUUGUUGGCAAAGAAAGUCCAGCUAAUAGAUGCUCUCAAGGAGCUGCAAGUCCAUGAGAACAGCACAGAGUUCCUGUCCCCCGAAUACAGACAGAUACUGCAGGAUGCAGAACAGCUCAAGGUCGAGUACAAGAGGCAACCUUGCCAUCUGGAGAGGCUCUAUGGCAUGAUUACGGAUCUGUUCAUUGACAAGUUCAAGUUUAAAGGUCAGAACAUGAAAGGUCGUGUCCCAGCCCUUCUAGAGGUGCUAGACAACUAUAACCUUCAAACCCUCGUGCAGUUCUUUGAACAGAGUAUAUAGGCUGGACAGGGUGAUGUCGAACAAUAAAUGAGGUGUAUUUUGAGACCUUCCAAGAAAUUCUGGAGCUAUAAUGUAUCUGGAAACAGUCUUGACAAAAUAAAUGUUUAAAAUCCAAACUGUUUGCAUAUUGAAAUAUGACUUUAAAAAAAAGCUUUGUCACUUAUUAUCAGCCAGUAAAUGAAUUAUAUUAAAUGAGAAAUUAACACAAGGGACAAUGAAAUGCUUUGAAUGCCUUUUACUUAUGGAAGAAACAUCUGUUGAAAUUGUUCUCAAAACAUAAAUGUGUAUACAUGUAUUAAGAUGCACAAUGACAUAUACAUGAUUUGUUAUUGUAUUUUAAUUUUAAUUUGUUAUUCAUCUAAGCCUUUUGGCAUGUGUUGUUGAUGAUAAAAGGUUGUUUGCAAUAUUGUAAUAUUUCAAGGACAAUUAUGUGUAAUAAAUGACAGAAUUAGUUGAAACAAAUGCUCAAAAGACCUUCGGACGGAAAAUUACAUUAUUUUAAUAUUAUUAUGGGUAUUGUUUAACUAAUUUAACAACAUGGAUUAACAGAGGAUAUUCAAUAAUAUUAAAAAAUGAGAAUUGUGACUAUCUUUGUUUUAAAUGAAACUUUUUGAAUUUUUCAGAUGAUUGUUGAAGUAUAAUUGUAUAAUUGUAGAUGUGUUGCUAAGUUAUUUAUUAGUGUUGUUGUAUGAAUGCAUACUGAUUUUGUCUGCUUUUGUACAAUGGAUUGGUUCUAAAAUUAUUUUUACAUUUCCAUGGCCGUCCAUGGUUUUCUGUGUACUUCUUGUGAGUUGUGUACCACUACACGUGUGUUUUGUUUAAACUAUUAACUACUGAAGCUUUAUGAACCAGUAUAUGUGCUGUUGAUGUAAACCACAAUAAAAUAUGUCAACUUUUU